AUGGCCCUGUGGUGUUGCUGUGUGGAGGUCAAACGGCCCGAAAAGAUUCAGCGCGGCCAUGCUCCGCGGCCGAUGAAACGCCCCAGCACCGGCGGAGCGCAUGUGAACAUCGGCAUCGCCGCCCUGGAGACGCCCAAGGCGAGCUCCGGCGAUGGCGGCACCGGCAAUGACCCACCUUCCAUGGUGUGCUCUGAGGGAGGUGGAAGCGGAGGUGGAGGUGGAGUUGGUGGAGCUGAGAGUGCAGGUGAGUUGAUGCCUUUCAAGAGGCAGAAGACUAGAGAUGCUGGCCAUGCAUUACAACGGCGGAAGACCGCUGCAAUGGAAGACUACUUGCAAGCCCUGCCGGAAGAAGAGGCCCGGGACGAUGCUGAACCUUCCAAAGGUCUGGAAAUCACGACGGAUAAUAUUGCGGUAAAUCUCCGUGUGACACGGGGGCCUGACUGGACUUGGGGAGAAGAAGAUGGUGACAAAACUGGUGUGGUGCUGUCCUUUGACAAGGCUAAAGGCUUGGCACAUGUCCUUUGGGAAGGAGGGCAAGCACACAAGCACUAUCGCUUUGGGCAGGGGAAAAGUGAUUUGGCGAUAUGUACUAGUUCAGGAACCUCAGCGCUUGGUAGACGGAAUUCGCAGCUAUUCUUCGCAAGCAAAAGCCAGACCCUGUUGAUUUUUGACUGGGAUGACACGCUCUUCCCCACGACCUACGUCCGAGAUGAUUUGAAGCUGGUGUGGAACAAACCAUUGAAAGAUCAAGAUUUGAGCUCGGCAGAGAAGACGACCAUUAGCAAAAAGCUAGAGCUUUGUUCUUCUCAUGUGGUGGAGCUCCUUAAGGGAGCUGACCGUUGUGGCAAGGUGGUCUUGCUCACUUUAGCGCGGGCACCUUGGGUCUCCGAGUCCUGCAAGAAUUUUUAUCCAUCCGUGGGACGCCUCAUCACGCAGCUCAAGAUCCCCAUCGUCUAUGCCCAAGAGGGUAUCCAGGUCGACUACAAUAAAGAAAAAAUGUCGACCGAUGAGGAGAUCGAACGCUUUUGGAGCUCCGUGAAGGGCAAGGCCAUCGCACGAGAGUGCAACAAAUUCUAUUCUCAAUAUGAAGGGCAGAGUUGGAAGAAUGUGAUUUCAAUCGGAGAUUCAGACUUCGAGCGCUUGGGUACACAACAUGCCAUGGAGAACUACAUGCGUGAAACUGGAAUCCACAGCGAUGGGAAGUUAGUCGAUGUGAACGGCCAUCUCUACAAGGUUAGAACGAAGACCUUCAAAAUGCUGGAUGAGCCAACAGUGGAGGAGUUGACGGUAGAAGUGGAUAUGCUCAAGGCAUGGCUACCAUUAAUGGUAAAACUGGACAGCAGUUUUGAUGUGAACCUGAACAACGCGGACGACCCGGAGGUCCUCAAGUCGAUCGACACAACGCUUCGUGGCCAGUGA